CCAGCUGAUAACUGAUAGCACCUCGAUACAGAUUGAUAUGGAUAUCAAGUUUAGUCUGCGUCGAGAUCUAGGCAUUAGCGUGCGUCUGCAAGUUACUCGCGCUCGUUCAAAAUGUACACCAACGCGAAACCACAUACCGCCAACUGGAAACCGGCAAGACGCGAUGCAAAAGUUUACGACAACAUUCUACAUGUAAUCGGAAAUACCCCUCUAGUUAAGCUUAAUCGGAUACCGAAGGACCAUGGACUCGAAUGCGAAUUUUACGCAAAGUGCGAGUUCCUGAACCCCGGGGGCUCCAUCAAGGACCGCAUGUCGUACACGAUGGUGGUGGACGCGGAGAACACAGGGAGAGCCCGAGAGGGCACGCGCUUCGUCGAACCUACUUCGGGGAACACCGGCAUUGGCAUCUCUAUGACUGCUGCAGUUAAAGGUUACAAAGCGAUUAUUGUGACCCCGGACAAGAACUCAGAUGAGAAGCUGAGCGCGAUGAGAUUACUGGGAGCCGAAAUCGUCCAGGUCCCGGCAACCGCCAAGAAAGGCGACCCAGACCACUUCAUGUCGGUGGCCCAGCGGCUGGUCAAUGAGGACCCCGAACAUAAUAUCAGUUUAGAUCAGUAUUCAAACCCGGUGAACCCCGUCACACACUUGGAGCACACAGGCCGCGAGAUCAUCGACGGUCUGGGCCCCAUAGACAUGGCGGUGAUGGGCGCUGGCACGGGUGGCACCGUCACGGGCGUGGCGCACCUGCUUAAGCGCGCCUGUCCCAACUGCGUCGUCGUGGCCGUCGAUCCCAGGGGCUCCAUCAUGUGGGGGAACGAACUCGUGCCGUUCUUUGUAGAAGGCAUUGGGGGAGAUUUCCUUCCUGAUGUUCUGGAUAAACGUAAUAUUGACCGCGUGGAAGCUCCCACCGACUACGAUGCCUUUAACAUGGCCAGAGAAAUUAUUCGAAAAGAGGGCCUGCUGUGCGGUGGCAGUAGUGGAGCAACCAUGUUCGCGGCACUGAAGGCCGCGAAAGAGCUGAAGUUGGGAGCGGGCAAGAAGGUGGUGGUCGUCCUGGCAGACGGUAUCCGCAACUACAUGACUAAGUUCGUCAGCGACCAGUGGAUGGAGGCGCACCUGUUUAAAGAGCCGCCGAUACAUGACAAGAUCGAAUGGUGGAAUCAUCCUCUUCAUAACUUAGACGUGGAUACAUCUGUUCCACACCUCAAGCUCAGUGCAUCGGUUAGAGAUGUCAUAGCUGCAAUGGGAUCCGUGCACAGUGUAGCGAUCAUUACUGAAGAAAAUGGGCUUUUGAAGGGAGCUACAUCCAAAAACCAGCUGCGCUUCUCAGCCACCAACCCCAAGAAGGAAGGAAAUCUAAACCUGCAGGACCCCAUCGGCAAGCACUUGAUACAGAACUGCUUCAAGGUGGCUGAGAACAAGGGACAUCCGACUGUUGGCCUUGUCUCCCGAAUUUUGGACAUCACUCCGUUUGUCGUGGUAGUUGAGAAGAUACCUAAUCCUGAUAGUCAAAUUAAAGAGAUCUUCAAGCCAAAGGGAAUAAUUACUUCGGAAAUGGUCUGGACAUACAUAUUAAAGCACCAGGAUCAUCAGUAACUAACGGUCGAACCGAAUUUUAUUUUACGAUUUAUUAGUUGUAAUGCCCUACUUUACUAAUAUUGAAAUUAAAAAUAUACUCAUU